AUGCCCUCGAGUACAACAUACCAACCGGCCGGAUCAUCAGAACCAAAGAUUUUGAUGCUACAUGGAAAUGGCCAGUCCGGACAGAUGCUCCAAUGCAAGACCGAAUUUCUGAUGCCACAAGUAAGAGACACUGUGAUCAAAGCUCUACAGCAGGAUCCAACUACACCGCCCAUUGAAAAGGUUGAGUUCCAUUAUCCUUCGAGUAAGUUGCCGACAAAACUUGAUCAGCACCCGGAAGAAAUCAAUCUCAUGUGGACGUGGGCACAUGGAAGUACUACGGACGAUCUUGUCCUGGGUUUGGACAAAUCCGUCCAUGAUAUCCUCCGUUAUCUUGAUGAAAAUGGGCCAUUCCUCGGGAUCAUGGGAUUUUCGAUGGGUGCGGCUAUGGCUGCUGUAGUCGCUUCUCUUUUGGAGAAAAGACACUCGAUCGCAACUUUCCAAUUCAACUUUGUGGUUGCCGUCUGCGGUUUUGCCCUGGGGCACCCUUUCUAUCAGAACAUAUACAAUCCGAAGAUUGAGACCCCAAUCUUCCUUGCUAUUGCCAGUAUUGACGUGAUGGUCGCUGAAUCCGAGUCACUGAGACUGCGUGAUUCGAGUACAAAUACUACUUUGUACUUUUUUGAAGGAGCUCAUCAUGUCCCGCGAGAUGGAGUCUUCUUGGACUCUUUGACCCGGUUUAUUGAAGACGUUUUGAACAUUGAAGACCGUGAGGAGGAUUGGGAGGACUAUGGAGAGUAUUGA